AGCGGGACCGCGGGGGUUGGGGCGUCGCGGGCCGGCGCGGCGUGGGGCGGCAGCGGCAGAAGCAGCAGGAGCCGGAGCAGGUAUCGGUAUCGGUACCGGCGGAGCCGGGCCGGUCCGGCGGGGCCAUGGGGAAGGUUCAGCUGUUCGAGAUCCGCCUGGGAGACAGCCGCGUCGUCUACAGCCCCGGGGAGCCGCUGGCCGGCACCGUCACCGUGCGGCUCUCGGGCUCGCUGCAGUACCGAGCCAUCAAGGUGAGCUGCGUGGGGCUCUGUGGGGUGUCCAACAAGAUCAAUGACACAGCGUGGACAGUGGAGGAGCAGUACUUCAACAGCACACUGUCCCUGGCAGACAAAGGGGUCCUGACAGCUGGAGAGCACAACUUUCCCUUCCAGUUCCUGCUGCCAGCCUCUGCUCCAACAUCAUUUGAAGGCCCUUUUGGCAAGGUCCUCCAUCAGGUGAAGGCUGUGAUAGACACCCCUCGCUUCUCCAAGGACUACAAGUGCAAUAAAAUCUUCUACGUUCUCUGCCCUCUGAACCUGAAUGACAUCCCUGACAUAGAGCAGCCCAACACCAUGUCCAUCACCAAGAAGUUCAACUACAAGCUUGUGAAGAGUGGGAACGUGAUCCUGACAGCCAGCUCAGACCUGAAGGGUUACACCGUGGGGCAGGCGAUCCAGCUCCGCACAGACAUAGAGAACAAAUCCGGGAGGGACACAGGGGCUGUGGUUGCCAGUCUGCUCCAGAAAGUGGCUUAUAAAUCCAAACGUUGGAUUUAUGACCUGAGGACCAUCGCAGAGGUGGAGAGCUCAGGAGUGAAAGCCUGGAAACAUGCAGAGUGGAGGGAGCAGAUCCUGGUUCCUGCACUGCCCCAGUCCAUCCUGCAGGGUUGUAACCUCAUCCAUAUUGACUACUACAUCCAGGUUUCCCUCAAGUCUCCAGAGGUUUCAGUCACUCUCCCCAUUUACAUUGGGAACAUUGCUGUGAACAGGGUCCCCCUGAGCCCCUCCCGUUCCAUCCAGCACAUCCCUUCUGCAGUGGUACCCAGUGCCCCCCCGGAGGAGGAGGAGGCUGCCGGUGGCUAUCACCCCAUGGACAAUAUCUGCAUCCCCACCAAAAGCCAUUCCCAGCAGCAGCCGUUCAGCUACGCCCCAGGACUGAGCUUCCAGGAGAUGAGGGUGGUGGACUCGGAGCAGACGGGCUCCCCAAACCACCCCACCCUCUGCCUCUCCACAGGAGCCACCGUCCCCUACUACGCCGAGGGCACCGUGGUGCCCGUCCCCACUGCCAGCUCUCUGAUUUUACCUCCAGAGUACAGCACCUGGGGAUACCCCUAUGAGGCUCCUCCAUCCUACGAGCAGAGCUGCAGCAGUGCCAACUCCAGCAUCAGCAAUGGCAACUGAGCCCCCCUGCCUGGAGUCCCCUGGGUGCUGCCCACCCUGGUGCCUGGGUCCCUGCCUGCUGCAGAGCCUGGGACAGCACGAGGCAUCUCUCCAGCUCUGCCUGCUUGGGGGGGUAAAUGGCACAUCCCAGCCUGGGCCUUUUAAGUCUCUUUCUAGGGAGGGGUGGGGGGAAAGAACCAAAAAAGGGGCAGCCAGAGCAGCCUGUGUGUGUGUGUGUGUGUGUGUGUGUGUGUGUGUGUGUGUGUAGGAGAGGUCUGGGAAACUGAACCCUCUCCUCCUGCUGCUGGGGAGCUGGUUUUGCCCCAGGGGUGCCCUCUGCAGCAGUCUGUGUUUCAAGUACUGUAACCAACUGCUUUACUGUCCAAGCACCUGUGAUGCCUUAUCUGAAAUGCUCCUGACUUGGUGUGGCUUCACUCGAUGUGAUGCCUGGGCUGUGUGGACUCCCUCUUCUCUUUUAGACUCUCCAGAAUGGUUUUGGCAGCCCUUCCUCCUUGUCCUCAUGGGUCCUAAGGGUGGCUGAAGCAGGAGGUUUCUUGGAGUAAGCAGGUCUGGAAGGUCAGGGGCUCCUGAAAAGCCCAAAGCACAAACCCUUGCUCCUCCUGGUUGAUGGGGUGGGUGACUGGCAGCCUUUGGUGCCCUCAGAGGCUGCACCUCUGCCUGUGGGUGGUGGGAGCAGAGCAGCUCUGGCAGCAGGGAGCUGGCUGGGCACUUGCCCCCAACCCAAGGUGUCCUGGUGGGCUGUGGAGGGAAGAGCCCCCUGUGACCGUGGGGUGCCCACCAGACAUCUCCUGGCCCUUUGCAGCAAGGGCAGCUUUUCAGAAGCCCCACAGGAGACAAAUCCAUCCCUGCUUGCUGCCGGACCACAGCUGCAGUCAGACAGCAACCUGGGGCACCAGCUGGAACCCCAUCCAUCUCCCAGCCCUGCAGGGUGCCCAGGGUUACCUGACAAUCACACCACAAACAUCAGUCUCUGAUGCUACCUCUGAGUCUGCCCCAGGACCCUGUCCAGGGAGCCCCUGCCUUCCCUCAGGGACACCUCUCCUGGAGGCUCAGCCAGGCUGCUGCAGGGGGUGCCCAGCCUGGGGACCCUGGCCCAGCCCUGGUUGCCUGCUUGUCUCCUGAGCUGCCUCUGGAGCCACAAAUGCAAAGAGGAGUCAGUGGGAACACAAAGUGCAAGGGCUCGUUUGCAGCCUCUCUGGGCCUGGCAGCUCGUGGGGGAAAAGCUGGUGGUUGUAAAACAACAUUUUUCUUAUUUUGUGCUCCCCUGCCCCUCUGGCUUUUUUAGUACCGAUUGCCCCAGCUGGGGAAACCACGAAGCAGAUACCUAAGAGCUGCAGGCAUCCAGCCCCAGCUAGGAUUGGGGACUGCAAAUCUUUUGCACCACUGAGCAUCUCCUGGUGCUGCCUCGUGCUGGGUAGGCAAUGCCCCCCAGAGCUGCCCGGAGCCCUGCAGCCUCUGCCCUCACCUCAGCCCCAUGCACACCCCUGGCAGGCAGCUGGGGACAAGCCCUGCUUUGCACUCUUUCUUUGCAAAUGCUUUUAAUUUUAUUUUAUUUUAAUUUUAUUUUUUUUAAGUGUUGAGCUGCUUUAAGGGUAGUGUAGAGAAGGGGCCGCUCUGGGCAGUGCUGGCACAACGUGCACCAAUGUUGAUAGAAUGAUUGUCAUUGUCCCUGAGUAUAGAUAUAUAUAGAUAUAUAUAUAUAUCUGAGAUGAAGUUUUGUUUUUAAUGAUUGAAUCCAUAAAUACAAAUUUUAAUGCUGUAUUUAAUAAAUUAUUCUAAG